GACCCAGGUACUGACAAUGUUGAAACAUGAUCUUAGGCUUUAAUAAAUUAUAGGACUCCCGGCUCAUCAUACAAGGUGCUGGUGCUGUUUGCCCUUUGAAGGACGGAAACACAACACAUUUGUGAAAAGCCAAAGGCAACACAGACAUUCUGUUCACAGUUCUAUUCCUUUUCUUUCACCUACUGCUCUCUGGAUCCAGCUAUCUGGCCAUGAAUCCUGAAUACGACUACCUGUUCAAGCUGCUUCUUAUAGGAGACUCUGGUGUCGGCAAGUCUUGCCUGCUCUUGCGGUUUGCGGAUGACACUUACACAGAGAGCUACAUCAGCACAAUCGGGGUCGACUUUAAGAUCAGAACCAUUGAAAUGGAUGGGAAGACUGUCAAACUACAAAUUUGGGACACAGCUGGACAAGAGAGGUUCCGGACCAUCACAUCCAGCUACUACAGAGGAGCACAUGGGAUCAUCAUUGUGUAUGAUGUCACUGAUCAGGAGUCCUUUAACAACGUGAAGCAGUGGUUGGAUGAGAUUGACCGCUAUGCGUGUGAAAAUGUCUCCAAGUUGCUUGUGGGAAACAAGUGUGACUUGGUCUCUAAAAAGGUAGUGGACUCUGCCACUGGUCAAGAAUUUGCUUCGUCCCUAAAGAUUCCAUUCCUGGAAACCAGUGCGAAGAAUGCUGAUAAUGUAGAGAAAUCAUUUUUAACCAUGGCCUCAGAAAUACAGAAGCGUGUUGGAAGUGAUGGUGUUCAGAGUGAGGCUGCUAAAGUGGGCAACAAGAUAAACAGUGCACCCCUUUGGCCCGGGGGGAAAGAUGAGGCUGCUGCAGAGGAGGGGAAUUCUUGUUGCUAAUGCCAUACACAAAUUACAGUAUAAGAGAAUCAAUGAGUUUGAACAUUAUCUUCAUUUUCUUUUGUUUUGUUCAGAGAUGGUAAUUUAUCCUUGUGAGAACAGCUAUGCAAUAGUUAUGCGGUAGCCUGUUCCAACAGUGCAGAGAAUGGGGCCAGCUGAAAGGCACCCUUUGAAUUAGUCUGGGUAAAAUUCUAUGUAACACUCCACUCCUUGUGUUAUAUUCCAAAGAGUCUUUGGCAAAUGACAUGGAGUACAAGGAGUGGAAUGUAAUAGCUGAACAGGGACAGCAACCAUGCUACCUUUGAAUGGCCUGGGUAUUGAACAAGUGACAAAAAACAACACUUGAUUUACCCAUGUGGGGAUCCAGGAUAGGUGAAUGUUUGCUUGAUGCUUUGAACUUGUAAGGUGAAUUUAGGGUGUCAUUUUAUCUGUAACAUUUGUGAAGAACUGAUUGUUUUGGUUAC